UACAGAUAUUCCAGAUUUAUCCAAACCUUCACUAUUUCCGGUUUUAUCAAGGCGCUUCGGAUUCAGGCGACGGCUUCAUCAAGACAUAGACCACCUACUCUGAAGCGUCUGCCCUUGUGAGAUUUCUGACCCAAAUUUCCCUGUCGGCCACUUUUCAUCGACAAGGGGCACCAAAAACAGACGCCGCCUUCCUUGGCAUUCGACACUGCAAACAUCAGCUCCGAUCCAAUAUCCAGUGAACAUAGUCACCGACUUAGUCCGCCGCAGACCGGACAGUUCUGUGACCGACCCUCUUCCCCAGUCACUGUUCAUCCGACUGUGUCGUACACAGCACCGCUCGCACACAGAAUAUACCUCGCCUACAUGUCGCGGUAGGCCUACUGCCGACCGCGCCGCGACUUCAAACCACGUCCGUCGACCAUCGACCACCGACGCCGAUACCCGCCAUGCCCGGUCGAUAAUGGCCAUGAACUGACAAGAUGGGCUUCACAACAUUUCUCGGCUCCUCUACCGACAAGCUCCAAUCUAACCGACCCAAAACCUCCUCGUCCACCUCACUCGACAAACCCUCCGACGCACCCCUCUCGCAGAUACCGCCUGAAGCUAACUCCCAUCAUGGCUACAUCUACGACGAGUCCCAGUUGCCCGACGUGCCGCCCGACUGUCCUGAUCUCCGCAAGCUCAACAACAGCCUUGAGGCGCUCGCGACCGUCUUCCCCGAUAUCCAAAUUCAGGUCUUCCGCGAGAUGCUGACCAACUUUGACGAGGAAUCACGCUUGGCUGUUGUUGCCGACACUCUGCUGAAAAAUCGGGUUUCUUGGGUCAAGGGCCGCUGGAGGGUUGUCGAUAACGAACAUCUCCGAACUCCGGUUGCUAUUGGAGCGUCGCGGGGAGAGCAGCAGGAAUCUCUGAUUCCACGCGUUGAGGCCUUUCGAAGCCCCGAGUACAAGCACGCUGUUCAAGCGCUGGCGUGGCGCGAGUUCAAGGGUCUUUCACGGUCCACCAUCAAUGCCGUCCUCGCCGAGUCCAACUAUUCAUAUCUUGAAGCCCGGAAGACGUUGGUGUCGCUCUCAUCGAAGUCUUGGCGCUUCACCAUAUCAUCUCUAUUCCUCCGCCGGAGACCUGUUGCUACCGGCGAAGCCGAGAACCACCCGCUGAUAGUCUGGAAAUCGACCGGCCAGGGUGCCAUUAUACCAAUGCUCAAGACUACAGGGAACGCCGAGCUCGACGUUGAGUUAUACCGUGACCUAGUUCAGCCACUGAAAGAGCGGGCCAGGCAGACUCGGGAAGAUGAGGACCGCGUCCUAGCUGUUCUCUUGAAUAAUGAGCAGGCUGAGGAGAUUGGUGCCAUGCAUGAGUGUGCAUGCUGCUUCACAGAGUCCACCUUCGAAGAGUUCACAACAUGCAAUACUGACGGCCAUAUGUUGUGUUUCCGCUGUGUUCAGCAUUCGAUCACGGAAGCCGUCUUUGGUCAGGGUUGGCAUAGUAGUAUCGACGCUGACCAUGGUGCUCUCAGGUGCUUAGCUGUCGAAGGGAAUGGCUGUCCGGGCCAUAUUCCUUACGAUCAUAUGCACCGUGCUAUGUUGCAGGAGAAGAAGGGCGCCGAAAUCCUCCGCAAGCUCGACCAACGUUUGGCAGAGAACAGUCUCUUGGCAUCCAAUCUGCCCCUCAUUCGGUGCACCUUCUGCGACUAUGCUGAAGUGGACGACAUUUAUCUUCCCGCCCAGGAAACGCAACUACGCGUUCGACUCGAUAGUCUCUUCAGCCUCUUACUGCUCGCUGUGUGCGUCGUCAUGAUGCCUCUCCUCCUGCCGGUGGUGCUCCUGGCAUCUAUUGUUUGCCUACUCAUCAGUACGAAGCAGACGGUCGGCGAUCAUUUGAUCAUUCAAUGGAAUAUGGCCCUUGGUCGUCACCGCCGACGUCGCCGUGGUCUCAAGUUUACCUGCCGAAAUCCCUACUGCGGCAGAAGCUCGUGCCUGUCAUGCACCAAACCCUGGAAGGACAUCCACGUGUGCAACGAGUCUUCUCUGGUUGCGUUGCGGACACAGGUCGAGCAGGCGAUGAGCAUGGCCAUCAAGCGCGUCUGUCCGCGGUGCCAUACGUCAUUUGUCAAGAACUCGGGCUGCAACAAGCUUACCUGUCCUUGCGGCUACAAGAUGUGCUACGUUUGUCGUAAAGACAUCGGUGGCGCCAACGGAGACGGCGAGGGUUACAGGCAUUUCUGCGACCACUUCAGGCCGGACGGGGACCCGCGGCCGUGCACCGAGUGCACCAGAUGCAACCUGUGGGAGAGCGAGGACACCGACCUGGUGCUGAGGCAGGCCAAGGAGGAGGCCGAGGCCAAGUGGCGCGAGACGGAGAAGCGAGAACUCAAUGGGGCCGAGAAGGCUUUUCUGGAGACAGGCUUCGCCAGGAACGGAGUCUCGCCGGUCGAGAAUCGCCUCAAGAACGGGCAAUUCCCAACACUGCCGGAGCUCUGCGACUUCGUUGUCGAAACGAUCUUCGUAUAAAGCUUGAAACACAAUGCGUAUGCAUGGGUGCUGUUCCAAUUGCCGCCACUAUGAGAUUUGGGGCACGUCGUUUAAUUUUUGCUGGGCCAUGGGCAUUACUGGGGCGUUGGGGACUGGCAUAUUGUUUGUAGCUACAUGAGAGAGAGAGAGGAACGAGCCAAGCAAGCCAAGACGCUUGCCUGUCUGUCCCUUCACUUCAUAGCUCAAAGGGCAGCACCAUGCCAUCAUCAUCUACAGCAGGUACAGUUUUGUAAUUUGGGACAUAAAUUCAAAU